AUGACGUCGAUCGAACAAAGCCGGUUUAGCACUAAUGAUACCUCCCUGGAGCAGAAGAUCUCGAGUUCAUACAGCGACAAUCUGUCUCUCAGGGUAACAGAAGAGGAGGCCUUGAUCCGAGCAAGGAACAACCCGGAUGAAGCGUUACCUUUGUGUAUAAUCUUUUCGCACAACGAUCGCGAUAACCCGCGAUGCUGGCCAAAAUGGCGGAAAUGGUACAUCACCAUCAUGGUGAGCAUGCUCAAUGUCAUCACAACGUGGUGCGCAGGUAGUAUAUCCUCCGGUGCGCCCGCCAUUCAAUCGGAAUUUGGAGUGUCGGCGGAGGUCACCACGUUGUGUCUUUCACUUUAUGUCCUAGGUUACGCUGUUGGCCCCGUCCUACUCGCCCCUCUCUCCGAAUACUUCGGCCGCCAGCCUGUAUACGUCGUGUCAUGGUUCCUCCUUUUCAUCUUCCAGCUCCCCAUCGCGCUUGCGCCGAACAUCGGGAGAAUCAUCGUUUGCCGAUUCAUUGCUGGGUUUGCAGGAGGGGCCCCGUUGACGAACACUGGCGGAAGUAUUAGUGACCUGUGGCACAGGAAUUCUAGCGGUGGACCCAUGGCCGUAUACGGCCUUAGCAGCACCUUUGGGCCGCCGAUGGCGCUCGUCGUCAGCGGAUACAUGGCGCUGGAUCUCGGGUGGAGGUGGAUCUUCUGGAUCAUGAUGGCCAUUACCGGCGGGUGGUGGACUUUGCUAGUGCUUACGGUGCCGGAAACCAGACACACGAUAAUUCUACGCCGGAAAGCCAACCGCGUGCACAAGCUGAUGAAAAAGGAGAACCUGAAAUCCGCCGAGACACUCACGGAUGCCAGUGCCAGCGGACGAAAGGGGCUGGACGAGCUCUUUAGGAUCACCCUCACUCGUCUGUUCCGCUUCCUCUUCACCGAGCCCAUUACCUUAUUCUCCGCAAUUUACAACGGCUUUCUCUACGGCUUGGUCUAUCUCUUCAACGAGGCCUUCCCGCUCGUCUUCGGCCCUGGAAAGGGCCAUGGCUUCAAUGUCGGCCAGCAAGGCCUCACCUUUCUUGGCAUGGCCAUCGGGCCCAUCAUCGCCUUCUGCUUCUACCCCCUCCAAGAACGGUACUACCUGCGCCGAGUCAAAGAAAACGAUGGCAAGGGCGUUCCCGAAGCACGCAUGUGGAUGGCCCGACUAGGUGCCAUAUUCAUUCCGAUCAGUCUCUUUUGGUUCGGCUGGACGAGCUACCGAUCCGUGCACUGGAUCGUGCCGAUCAUCGCCUCGUCUUUCUUUGGAGCCGGUAUAUACAUAGUCAUCCUGAGUAUCCUUAACUACGUGGUGGACAGCUACCAGACCUAUUCGGCGUCGGCCUUGGCGGGUGUCAUUCUUGUGCGGAACUUGGUUGGUGCGGGAUUUCCCCUGUUCGCGACGCAGAUGUAUGAACGCUUGAACUAUGAAUGGGCGUCCAGCUUGCUGGGCUUUUUGGCUAUUCUAUUGGUGCCUAUUCCUUUCAUCUUCUUCUAUAUGGGUCGGGCUAUUCGGCUGAGGAGCCCGUGGGCUAGGGAGCAUUUUGAUCAAAAUGAGGAUAAUCCUCAUUAG